UGUGUUCAAGAUGCCAACUGUGGUUUUGCUUGACGUUUCCCUAUCAAUGUGCAGGACAGUCUCUUCUAGCGAGGAGUACCAGCGACACAACCUAGCACUGCAUGGCUUAAACACACUACUCGACUAUGUAGCUACUCAUCAGCGGCUUGAAUUCACCUCACUGGUUCAGUUCUCAUCGCUCUGGGAGGUCCUUGUGCCUUUCACGAGAGAUUAUGACAAAUUAAAAGCGGCACUGACAUCAACAGAUAGCUUUGAUAAGACAUUUAUUGAAACUGUCCUCAGUGGCAUCACACCGAUCGUGAUCGAAGAGUGGGGUGCCAAUAUUCCAUGUCAGAUUGUGCUGGUGACUGACGGCACUCUAGGAGUUGGACAAGGGUCACUUCCAGUUUCGGUCGAAACUAGGGGUACGAGAGCAGCAACAGAUCCACCUUUCCCAUUGCCUUUCCCAUUUCCCUCGCAACUGCAUGUCGUCUUGCUAGCCGAGGCAACAGAUUCAUACCUACAGAAUUCUCUCAGCACUUACAGAAAGCUAAUAGAGUGUAACAAUGGCGCAGGCAGCCUGUCGUUGCCAGAGGGCGAACUAAGUCUAAGCAGUGUGCAGAAGUGUUUCACGAUGCUUGCAGAGACCCAUUUUUCAUCAUUUCAUUCAGUCCUUCGAUGUGGUCAUCUGACAUCAAACGUCAACAUGUUUCCACCACCGCAGCCCCACGUGGCAUCCAAAGAUCUCAACUCAAAAGUGUGCAUGCUGUCCACUGACAUAGAGAUCUGUGGCUUCAUUGAUUUGGCUGAUGCUGCAAGUCCUGCUAUUAUCUCAAGACAUUUGGUCCUUCCUUUACCUCCAACGAAACUAGCAUCGAAAGAAGCUAAAAAAGAAGUAGAGUCUGGUGACACAGACGAGGAGGAGACAGAUGUAGAUGUGAUUGCAAAGACCCCAUCGUUUUGUGUCCUUCUCCAUGGAAGUCUCAAAGUUGAAAGCAUGACUGCAAUCUGUCAGGUUGGAGAAGACUGGUAUGGGAUGCUCUACUCGUGGGCAGACACCAAAAAGAAGUCUAACCUGAUGCUGUCUGUGUUUGAGCCCGGAGUGGGCAGCGUCCCCUGGCUGGGUAGGCUUGACCGACUUGGGCCACUCUCCGACUUUGCCGAGGCGCCGUACGGCAACGACGACGCUCGCACGCCAUUCCCAGUUAAGCCUGCAGAGGCAGGCAGCUAUGCGCGCAGCUGUGUUGUCUGGAUCAAGCAGUCGGGGCUGCAGACGGACAUACAGAAGGUGCUGCGGCAUGCGCGCAAGCUGCCGGAGAAGAUGUCGCACUUCUACAAGGAGCUGAACCGCGUGCGCAAGGCCGCGCUCGCCUUCGGCUUCCUCGAGCUGCUUGAAGGGCUGUCGGUGAUGUUGGAGCGCGAGUGCACGAUGCUGCCGGGGACCGCUCACCCUGCCGCACCGCUGCAGCUCACGCAUGCUGCGGGCGCACUGCGUAGCGCCAGGCACGACUACCACUACUCGAUUACACCUCUGCGCACAAACUUUGCUUCAGAGGAUAGCUGAAGAAGUUGGACAGUUGAGAAUGCUGUCUUCAUCGAUCGGUUGGAAUGACUACCACUACUCGAUAGCACCUCUCCGCACAAACUUUGCUUUGGAGGAUAGCUGAAGAAGUUGGACAGUUGAGAAUGCUGUCUUCAUCGAUCGGUUGGAAUGACUACCACUACUCGAUAGCACCUCUCAGGACAAUUUAACUUUGCAUUGCAGAAUGACUGAAGAAGUUGGGUAGUGGAGAUUACUGCCUUAUUUUUUCUUCGGUUAGAAGUUGAGGCAUGUGAAGCACGAAUGCCAAGCUCUCACAGUGGUCAGAAUCGUUAGGAUAGCUGUGCAAAAUAUCGUAAUAAACAUUGGAGUAGGUGGCCGGCCACCUAAGUAAUUUUUCUAGGAGAAGACUUGAUUUUCUAAGACCUUUGGAUAAAAUUAGCUCAACUGAGGUGAUUAGGACCUUCUGGCCCACACAGGAUACUAAGUCAGCAGGUAGUUACAUUCGUAGAUACAUUAUGCUUCAAUGUACCUGCAUUUGCAUUUCAAUAUUGAAUAAUUAUGGCACAAAGUUAUAUGAAGGGGGGGCGGCGGUUAUUUUCCGGAGGCAGUAUUAGAUCAUUUUAAUUAUCUCAGAACUGGGAAAGGCCAGGUAAAUUUUUCGUAAUUCGGGAAUAGAAGACUACUAAGACACGUGGAAACUAAAAUCAUGAUUUUAAAUAACUGGGAACUGGGAAAUGGCAGAUUUCUUGGACCUGGGAAACUGGGAAUCCUCUUAUCAUAUUUGCUUUGCGUCUACCACGAUGUAUACUCGAGUUUCAUUAAUGCAGGAGCAACCCUCACUGCGUGACGAAUGCGAUACUACACUAUUAGUGCCCAUACGGGCACAUUUGCUUCUUUGAUAUUUGUCACUCCUUUGUACAGACAGAUAUUACUUGGUAUUCAGAGAUAUUAUGUAGUUCAUAAGAUAUGAUAGAAAAUCGACCAUUUUAAUUAUAAUCAAAACCAAAUAAAAUUGUAAUCCUCCAA